UGUCAAGUGAAAUUGAGUCGACUAAAAAUAUUCGAGCGAUUUUCAACUAAUCUCUAAAAUAAUUUGUAUUAAGAUAACAAUUUUAAAACAGUGCCUCUUUCUCAGUAACUAAUUUGGACCCAGACUCAAAAUGAUUAUUCCUCGGCUCUCUCGACUUGUUAUCCAGACCAAGAACUUGUCUCGUCCAGAGCACAACAUCCAAAUUAGGUCGGCCACCACCACUCCUACUGGGGCAAUACUUCCAGAACCAGAAAAGAAACCAUUUGGUCUUUUGAGCAUCAUCGCUGCUGUGGUCCCCGGGCUGCUCAUCGGCGCUGCAAUCAGUAAAAAUAUAGCAAAUUUCCUAGAAGAAAAUGAAUUGUUUGUGCCAUCUGAUGAUGACGACGACGAUGACUAAAUGAGCAGCAGUUAAGACAAUUAUAGGUAAGCGGGUAAUAAAUGAAACUCAUUUUUAUUAUUAAUUACAUUUUAUUAAAUAAAGUUUAUAAAACAUUUAAACUUAUUUUGAGCUCAAUGGCUAUCAAAUCAAUUUAUUCUUUAUUAUUAUUAAUAUAUUACGGCC